CCCUGACCGGCAUGCGAUACAGAAAUGUACAGCAUCUACUAGCACGACGAUCCUCAACCUGUCAUGGAGUCGUCCGUGCCAUUAUCUUCACAAUCCGCGACUACUACGGGAAAGUUAUCGACAAGGAUGUUCACUCCAUUCACUGCCUCUGAAAUAGACAGAUACAACAGAGGAGAAUUUAUACCUCCGGACAAGGAAUUCCCAUGGAUUGACGCUGCACAAAGAUCGUUUGAGCAUCCAUCAGAUCUUAGUUCCACAGGUUGGAAGGUGUGCACGCACCCAGAAGGUGCUCCCUACUUCUGUGACAUUCAACGUCGAAUAUACACCGACACCCACGUGCGCAAUCCCAAAAAAUUGGGAACCGUCGAAAAAUGCAUUUCCCGCCUCUCUGAGCUCGCUGCAUUUCACUCUAUCACUUUCCCCUCCCCACCUUCAUCUCCGUCGCUCGAACUCGUCCUUGAACUUGCAAAUGGAAAGAGUCGAAAAGAAUGUCGAUAUUAUUUUGUCGAUACCGAGAAGAGACUCCUCUUUUGGGUUCAUGGUUGGGUGCCAGAAAAGAUGUAUGCGAACUUGAGGGGUGUCAAGAAACAAAGCCAUAUCAAAAUGGCGCUCGAGAUGCAGUAUUGGACGCAUUGUGAACUGUACCCGCGCGAGCGAACGUUUGAUGCCGCCGUCUAUCGAGAGUUGUAUGGCUUGGUCAUUCAUGCUAACGCUGAAUCAAUCACUUCCGAUACGUCUCUUGCGCCGUUCGAAAGCGCAGAACUGUCCAAGAUGAUGGACAUCGUGCGCAUUCUUCAAGAUUCAGUUGGACAAGUCAACGAUCCUGUCAUGUGUGUAGUAGCUCGAUUCAUGUGUAUAUUCUCUCGAAUCCACUUUUUGAACUUCCACGGCCAACCCUGUGCCCGCUUAGACGUCGACCACUCUAUUUACUACCCACGCAACCAUAGACUACGCACGUCCUUCCUCUUGCACUUGCUCUCCUUUCUCCUGUUUGGCGCGCCCUGGAGGUACGUCGAAACCCUGAGAGGCGUGUGGGUAGAUGAGACAGUGAACCUACCGAGAUGGAAAGCAUUCGUGGCCCGUGUUAUUGAUGAAUGGGGAGGAUUUACGAUUUACUCCACUGUGAUGUUAGCGGUCGAUAUAUCUCUCCUUGGCAUCGCCGAUUCCGAUUCGAAGACGUACCAGUCAGUAACUGUGAUCGCGAUAUACGUGUCGGUGAUUUGUACUGUUGGGUCGAUCGUGGCGUCCGUGGUAUUGACGGGUAUGUGGAGAGAUAAAGCGGAGAAUGCGGAAGAGGUGGCAAAGUACAUGAAUGAAAUAACGGACACAGUGAUCGGUGUGGAUCAUAUGGCUAUCAUGUUCAGUGUCCCAUUUGGGUUAUUGAUAUGGGGCAUGACGUCCUUCCUCGUUGCAUUCCUCUACCUCAUCUAUAGUUCGACCUACCUUCCUACACUCGCAACGACGACGCCUGGAAUCAUCCUUGUCGCUGUGCUAGUAGCAUGGCCAGUAUGGGUGGCAGUGGAGAGGGGUCUGGGUGGGUGGAUAAUGAGGGCCGUUGAUAUUUGGAGGCAACAAGUCGUGAGAACGGGGUGGCACAUAAAGGGGUGGGGUGAGCAGGGCGUACGAAGUUGGAGGGAAAGGGAGCGGAGUGCCAUUGUGGAGAUAAGGAGAGGCAAUGUAGGGAUGGCAGAGCCAGGGAUUUUGGAUACAGGAAGGAGGCAGGGCUCCGCGUCAGUAUCUUCCGGAAGGGAGGGCAGAAUGACGGUCUCGUUCGUGGAGACCGGGGAGGAUGUGAAGGCUCGUGUAGGGAUGGGCGCUGUGUUUGGGACUGGGGAUGGAGUUCAGGACCUGCAGGCAUCGGAAGAUGUUUGUAAGCCUCAACUACUGGAGAUGGGAAGAAUGGUAUGAGGAUGCCUCGAUGAUCUUGAUAUCUUCACUUUCAUUAGGAUUGCUGUAGACAAAACCUACAAGUGUCCAUGUGCUGUACGUAGUGGAAGUAGUGCAAGUGAUGUGACCAGUUGUUGCAAUGAUGUCAUGCCAAUGGUCCCAUUACAUUCCUACAAGGAGCAUUGGCUUUGUGGUCCUUGUGAUGAUAUGAAUCUUGAUGGGCCAGUGUUGAGAUGUAGCAUGUUCUUUCUUGGUAGUAGAUGUAUGUGCCAUUGUCUGCAUUCCCUUGUCAAAGCAUACACCUUCCCCUCCUCACUUUCAUCUACUUCUACUUAUAUGAUUGGAC